CUCGGCCGCACCUGGCGCGGCGGCGGUGGCGCGGAGGGAGGAGGCCCCGGGUGCGAGGAGCCGGCAGCCGGCGCCGCAGCCCAGCCCCGCAGCACCCGCGAACGAUCUACCCGCAGCCCCGGCGCCGCCAUGGUGGAGGCGGCGCCCCCGGGGCCCGGGCCGCUGCGAAGGACCUUCCUGGUCCCCGAGAUCAAGUCGCUGGACCAGUACGAUUUCUCGCGGGCCAAGGCGGCCGCCAGCCUGGCGUGGGUGCUGCGGGCCGCCUUUGGGGGCGCAGAGCACGUGCCCUCCGAGCUGUGGGAGCCCUUCUACACCGACCAGUAUGCCCAGGAGCACGUGAAGCCCCCGGUCACCCGGCUGCUGCUGUCAGCCGAGCUCUACUGCCGGGCUUGGCGCCAGGCGCUGCCCCAGCUCGAGACGCCGCCCAGCCCCUCGGCGCUGCUGGCCCUGCUGGCACGGAGGGGCACGGUGCCCGCGCUGCCUGAGCGCCCGGUGCAGGAGGCUGACCUGAGGCACCAGCCCAUCCUCAUGGGCGCCCACCUGGCUGUUAUCGAUGCCCUCAUGGUGGCCUUCGCCUUUGAGUGGACCAAGACCCUGCCUGGUCCCCUAGCUCUGGCCAGCCUGGAACACAAGCUCCUUUUCUGGGUGGACACGACCAUCCGACGGCUGCAGGAAAAGACGGAGCAGGAAGCCACCCAGCGAGCCUCUCCUGCGGCCCCUGCAGACGGGGUGGCCCCCGCGCAGCCCUCGUGCCCCACACGCUGGUACUGGAAGCUGGUUCCUCACGCAAUUGCCUUCUGUUUGAAGGAGUCGGGGAGCAAACCCCCAAUGAUCCGGUACCGCAAAGACCGCGCUGUAGCCCGACGUGCCCCCUGCUUCCCGGCUGUGACGAGCCUCCAGGACCUGGCGAGUGGGGCCGCGCUGGCUGCCACCAUUCACUGCUACUGUCCCCAGCUGCUGCGCCUGGAGGAGGUUUGCCUCAAGGACCCUAUGUCCGUGGCGGACAGCUUGUAUAACCUUCAGCUGGUGCAGGACUUCUGUGCUUCGCGCCUUCCCCGUGGCUGUCCGCUGGCUCUGGAAGAUUUGCUCUAUGUGCCUCCACCUCUCAAGAUCAACCUUGUGGUGCUCUUGGCGGAAAUGUUUAUGUGUUUCGAGGUCCUGAAACCAGACUUCGUUCAAGCCAAGGACUUACCCGACGGACAUGCUGCCUCCCCCCGGGCUGCGGAGACCGCCACGCCCCAGAACAGCGGCAGCAGUUCUCCUGUUUUCAACUUCCGCCACCCACUCUUGUCGUCUGGAGGUCCCCAGUCCCCACUCCGUGGGUCCACAGGCUCCAUGAAGUCCUCCCCGUCCAUGUCCCAUAUGGAGGCCCUGGGGAAGGCCUGGAACCGCCAGCUCAGCCGCCCCCUCUCCCAGGCCGCGUCGUUCAGCACCCCCUUUGGCCUGGACAGCGAUGUGGACGUGGUGAUGGGAGACCCGGUCCUCCUGCGCUCCGUCAGCUCUGAUAGCCUGGGCCCCCCACGCCCUGCCGCCGCUGCUGCUGCUGCGUCCCCUGGACCCCCGCCACCCACCGCCGAGCCCGGGGAGCUGCCCACCAUCGAGGAGGCCCUGCAAAUCAUCCACAGCGCCGAGCCCCGCCUGCUCCCGGACGGCGCGGCCGACGGCAGCUUCUACCUCCACUCCCCAGAGGGCCCCAACAAGGCCCCGGUCUACCUGUCUCACCCGGAGCCCCCCCUGAAGCCCGAGCCCCCCGGCCCACCUGCAGGGCAGGCCCAGCCGUCGGAGGGCAGCUCCUCCCCGAAGGCCCAGCCGUCAGAAGUGAAGAUGACCAGCUUUGCCGAGCGCAAGAAACAGCUGGUGAAGCCGGAGACAGAUCCUGGGUCCCCGGCAGCAGUGGCAGCGACAGGGGGACUCCCCCCCGAGGCCUUGAGCUCGGAGAUGAGUGAGCUGGGCGCCCGGCUGGAGGAGAAAAGGCGGGCCAUCGAGGCCCAGAAGCGCCGGAUCGAGGCCAUCUUCGCCAAACACCGUCAACGCCUGGGCAAAAGUGCCUUCCUGCAGGUGCAGCCCAGGGAGGCCAGCGGGGAAACUGAGGCAGAGCCGGAAGCAGAGGCCGAGCCCAGCCCGGUGCCCGGCGGGGAGCGGGCGGCCGGCGAGGGCCAGGGGGAGCCCUCCCCGCGCCCCAAGGUGGUCACGUUCUCUGCCGACGUGGGUCCACCACCCCCCGAGGGGCUGGGGGACUAUAACAAGGCGGUCAGCAAACUGAGUGCGGCACUGAAUUCACUGCAGAGGGACAUGCAGAGGCUCACAGACCAGCAGCAACGCCUCCUGGCCCCCCCGGAUCCCCCUGGGCCUGCCCCGGCUUCGGCCACCUGGGUCAUCCCGGGGCCCCCCAGCGCCCCCAAGGCCGCAUCCCCCAGCCCCGCCCGACGAGCCCCGGCCUCCCGCCGCAGCCCCGGGCCGAGCCCCGCACCCCGGAGCCCCAAACACACACGGCCGGCCGAGUUGCGCCUGGCCCCCCUGACCCGCGUGCUCACGCCCCCCCACGACGUGGACAGCCUCCCCCACCUGCGCAAGUUCUCCCCCAGCCAGGUGCCCGUGCAGACCCGUUCGUCCAUCCUCCUGACCCAGGGCACCCCGCCCGAAGAACCCCCCAGCCGGCCCGGCCUCAUCGAGAUCCCUUUGGGCAGCCUGGAGGAGCCCCCCGCUGAAGAUGAGGCUGAUGGGAGCCCACCUGGGGCCGAGGACUCCCUGGAGGAGGAGGCAUCUUCCGAGGGAGAGCCCCGGGCUGGGCUGGGGUUCUUCUAUAAGGAUGAAGACAAGCCCGAGGACGAGAUGGCCCAGAAACGGGCGAGCCUCUUGGAGAGGCAGCAGCGACGGGCAGAGGAGGCUCGAAGACGCAGGCAGUGGCAGGAGGCUGAGAAGGAGCAGCGGAGAGAGGAGGCUGUGCGGUUGGCCCAGGAGGAUGUGGCCCCCACACCCCCGGCCCCCGCGGCCCCCCAAGCUCCUCCCACAGGGGCCCCUGCCGGCCGGGGCCCAGCCGAAGAAGAGGUGGGACCCCGGCGGGGGGACUUCACGCGGCUGGAGUAUGAACGGAGGGCCCAGCUCAAAUUGAUGGACGAUCUUGACAAGGUGCUUCGGCCCCGGGCAGUGGGCACCGGGGGGCCCAGCCGGGGGGGCCGCAGGGGUCCCCGACCUCGUUCCGGCUGCUGUGACGAUUCCGCCCUGGCCAGGAGCCCCGCCCGAGGCCUGCUGGGCUCUCGGCUCAGCAAGGUGUACUCACAUUCUACCCUGUCCCUGUCCACUGUGGCCAACGAGGCCCCCAAUAACCUGGGUGUGAAGGGACCGAUGUCCAGGGCUCCAUCUCCUUCCGGCCUCAUGUCUCCCAGCCGGCUCCCAGGUAGCCGCGAACGGGACUGGGAGAACGGCAGUAACGCCUCGUCCCCCGCCUCAGUGCCUGAGUACACAGGCCCCCGACUGUACAAGGAGCCAAGUGCCAAGUCCAACAAGUUCAUCAUUCACAACGCCCUAUCCCACUGCUGCCUGGCUGGAAAGGUUAACGAACCGCAGAAGAAUCGCAUCCUGGAGGAAAUCGAGAAGAGCAAAGCCAACCACUUCCUCAUCCUCUUCCGCGACUCCAGUUGUCAGUUCCGGGCGCUGUACACACUGUCAGGGGACACGGACGAGUUGUGUCGGCUGACGGGGUACGGCCCCCGCACGGUCACCCCCGCCAUGGUCGAGGGCAUCUAUAAAUACAACUCGGACCGCAAACGCUUCACCCAGAUUCCGGCCAAGACCAUGUCCAUGAGCGUGGACGCCUUCACCAUUCAGGGACACCUCUGGCAAAACCGGAAGCCCACCACCCCCAAAAAGGGUGGCGGCAUCCCCAAAUAGCUCCGUCCUCUUCCCCCUGCCACCCCACCCUCAUCCCAGAGACACAGCUGGGGGAAAAGAGAAAGGGGGGGGAGGAGACAGUCAGUUGUGAUUCCUGGGUUCUGUCUGACUCCUGUCCCCUUCCCCCUCCCAUGAAAAAUAAUAUUUCUUGGGGGUGAGGCUGGAGCUUCUCCCCCCCACCACUGCCCCCAACUUUUGUCCUGUCCUGCUGUUGGGGCUGAGCUGGGAGGUUCAGGGACUCAGGGCUCAGUUCAGCCCUCUGUCUGUCUAUAUUACAUCACCCCCUCACCUCUUUCUUGAAUAAAAUAAUCAAGACCA